AUGAGAUCCUCACCAGCCAAGCCGCCAUGGCGGAAGAACACUAUGAACGCCGACGAAGGCUAUGAAGCUGACGAUGAGUCCUCAAAACCAAGAUCAGGUGACACAACCACUGCCAUCUCAUCUCCACCAGCCAAAAUCCAAGGUGUAUUCCACUUCAGAGUCCACCGGGAACGCAACAUAAUGCCCGAAUCAUCCGGCGAGGUAAGCCAAUGGAUAAAUGCCUCCUACUUUCUGUGGAAGAUGUGCGCUACAUUAACAGACACCGGUGCCGAUCCCGAAUGGACAGAGGCAUUCGAACUAUAG